AUGUUCACUUUAUUUUUACUCCUCUUGAUCCAGAACAUUCCACUUCUUGUGGCUGAUUUUAUUUAUCCCAGGUGCUUUUGGAGAAUAAAACGGAAUAAAGACAAGGAUGGAAAUCUGGGAUCAGGUUGUAGCUUCUUUAUUCAAGCAGUACCAUGGCCCAUGGAGAAAGAGAUUUUCAGUUCUGUUUUGGAAACACAAACACACACUGAAAAUCACAAGCAUGCUCUGGCCUUGGCUUUUUCCAUAAAUGAAGUCAACAGGAACUCUGAUCUUUUGCCAAAUAUGUCUCUAAUAUUUACAUUCUCAGCACAUAUUUGUGAUUGGGAACCCCAAGUAAAAAGUCUCAUUUAUUUGAGUUUACAAAAUCAUGACAUUUUCCCUAAUUAUGUCUGUAAUGAUGACAUGUGUGCAGUGGCACUUACAGGACUAAACUGGGCAACAACUCUGACACUUUAUAUAAUCUUAAACAACUUCAUAUCUCAUCAGUUCCUUCAUCUUACUUAUGGACCCUUUCAUCCUGCCCUGAGUGAUCAUGAAGAAUUUCCCUAUCUAUAUCAGAUGGNCUCUGAGGAUACAUCUCUAGCCCUUGCCAUGGUCUCCUUCAUAAUUCAUUUCAGUUGGAACUGGGUAGGGUUGGCCAUCUCAGACAAUGAUAAAGGUAUCCAAUUUNUUUCCUAUUUGAGAAGAGAGAUGGAAAAAAAUACAGUCUGCUUUGCUUUUGUCAGCAUGAUUCCAGUCAAUAUGCAUUUAUACAUAACAAGAGCUGAAGAGUAUUACAACCAAAUCAUGAUAUCUUCUACAAAUGUUGUUAUCUUAUAUGGUGACACAGACAGUACUUUAGCUGUGAGCUUUAGAAUGUGGGAAUCUCUAGAUAUAAAGAGAAUAUGGGUCACCACCUCACAGUGGGAUAUUGCUAUUAGUUUGAAAGACUUCACAUUUGAUAACUUGUAUGGGGCAUUUGCUUUUGAACACCACCAUGGUGAGAUUUCUGGUUUUAAAAAUUUUGUCCAAACAUUGAACCUGUUAAAGUAUUCAGAUGAAUAUCUGGUAAAGCUGGAAUGGAUGUACUUUGACUGUGAAGUCUCAGCACCUAAAUGUAAGACACUGAAGACCUGCUCAUCGAAUCACUCAUUGGAAUGGUUAAUGGUACAUACAUUUGACAUGACCUUUACUGAAAGAAGUUAUGCCAUAUACAAUGCUGUGUAUGCUGUUGCCCAUGCACUCCAUGAGCUGACUUUUCAAAAAUUGGAUAAUAUGCCCACUGACAAUGGGAGAGAACAAAAUUAUAUCUGCAACAAGCUGGGUUCCUUUCUGAGAAAGAUCCACUUCACAAAUCCUGUUGGGGACAAAGUGAAUAUGAACCAAAGAAACAAGCUGCAGGAAAAUUAUGACAUUUUCUACGUUUGGAAUUUUCCACAGGAACUUGGACUUAAAGUGAAAAUAGGAAUAUUUAUUCCCUCUUUUAUAAAUGGUCAACAGCUACACUUGUCUGACGAUAUGAUAGAGUGGGCAAGAGGAAGUAUACAG